CAUGCGACACCUCCCGUUUCAUUGCAUCCGGCCACAAUUUCCCAACCGAAACCGCUUCACUUUCUCCUCUCCCUCUGCUGUUUAAUUGAUCCUCCAUUCCUCCUACCUGCCUCGGCGCCAACAGACCAUCGCAGGGGGGAACGGAAUCCCAUCUCCCCCUGCCGCUGCUUUUUGUUGCCAUGGACGGCGGCUACCGCUCCAAGUCGUACGCCAGCGGCCGCAUGCAGAUCGAGGCCUAUACAGGCGGCGCGCGGCCGGACUUCCGGUCCUUGUCCUACGGCGGCGGCGGGGCGUCGUACCAGUACCAGUACGAGUACGGCGCCGGAGCAGGGCAGGUGACGACGGUGGUGGAGGAGGAGGUGAAGAGGAGCAAGUCUAAGCGGCGGUGGCUGGCGCUGGGUGACCCGGACAUGGAGCGGAAGCGGCGGGUGGCGGCGUACAAGGCCUACGCCAUGGAGGGCAAGGUGAAGGGAUCCUUCCGCAAGAGCUUCAGAUGGAUCAAGGACCGCUACCUGCACCUCGUCUACGGCGUGUCGUAGCUACUAGCAGUAGCGCAGGCAAGGAACAGCACAGAGCAGAUCGAUCGAGCUGCAAGAAACAAAUUUCUCCUCUGUUGUUUAUACUCUACUUGUUUGUGAUGCUUGAUCAAGGUCAGUAAAGAUAGGUAAACAUAUUCCUCUGCUUUCUUCUUCUUCUUCUUCAUGAUGUCAAUGACUGUCGUGUAAGUUGUAUGUAUCUGAAAGAAGUUUUGCAGUUCAAUUCUUCAACGAAUCAAUCGACAAAGUGGGUGGUUUGCAUA